AUCAUAUAAUCUGCUCUCAUCAUGGGAGAAAUAGAGCAGAGGCCAACUCCAGGAUCGAGACUGGGGGCACCGGAGAAUUCGGGGAUCAGUACCUUGGAACAUGGACAGAAGCCUCCCCCCACGCCUUCAGGAAAACUCAUGUCCGUCAGAAUCCAGAUGCUGGAUGACACCCAGGAGGCCUUUGAAGUUCCGCAAAGAGCCCCCGGGAAAGUGCUGCUGGAUGCGGUGUGCAGCCACCUGAACCUCGUGGAAGGAGAUUAUUUUGGCCUCGAAUUUCCCGACCACAAGAAGAUCACGGUGUGGCUGGAUCUCUUAAAACCUAUUGUCAAGCAGAUUAGAAGGCCAAAGCAUGUCGUUGUUAAGUUUGUGGUGAAAUUCUUUCCACCUGACCACACACAACUCCAAGAAGAACUCACAAGGUACCUAUUUGCUCUGCAGGUGAAGCAGGACCUGGCUCAAGGCAGGCUGACGUGUAGUGACACCAGCGCUGCCCUCUUGGUCUCACACAUUGUGCAAUCUGAGAUUGGGGAUUUUGAUGAAGCAUCGGACAGAGAGCAUUUAGCAAAAAAUAAGUACAUACCUCAGCAAGAUGCACUAGAAGAUAAGAUUGUGGAAUUUCACCAUAACCACAUUGGACAAACACCCGCAGAAUCGGAUUUCCAGCUCCUGGAGAUUGCCCGCAGGCUGGAGAUGUACGGCGUCCGAUUGCACCCAGCUAAGGACCGGGAAGGCACUAAGAUCAACCUGGCUGUGGCCAACACGGGGAUUCUAGUGUUUCAGGGUUUUACGAAGAUCAAUGCCUUCAACUGGGCAAAGGUGCGGAAGCUGAGCUUCAAGAGAAAGCGCUUUCUCAUCAAGCUCCGCCCAGAUGUGAACAGCUCAUACCAGGAUACCUUGGAAUUCCUAAUGGCCAGUCGGGAUUUUUGCAAAUCCUUCUGGAAAAUCUGUGUUGAACAUCAUGCCUUUUUUAGACUUUUUGAAGAGCCCAAACCAAAGCCAAAGCCUGUUCUCUUUAGCCGAGGGUCAUCGUUUCGGUUCAGUGGCCGGACUCAGAAGCAGGUUCUCGACUAUGUUAAAGAAGGAGGACAUAAGAAGGUGCAGUUUGAAAGGAAACACAGCAAGAUUCAUUCCAUCAGAAGCCUUGCUACGCAGCCUGCAGAGCCGAAUUCAGAAGUGCCAAAACAAGCUCAGCAGAGUGCCAGCCUUACCUUUGGAGAAGGUGCCGCAUCCCCGGGUGGCCAGAGCUGCCAGCCGGGAAGGGACCCGCCCGCUUCGGCCGAUGAGCGCGGGCCACAGCGCAGCCCCACUCCGCAGAGGAGCCCGGCGGGGAGCACGGAGGCAGACGGGGCCGGCAGGGCGGAGACGGAGGAAGAGGAGGAGGUCGUUAAGGACAGGACCCAGCAGAGUAGACCUCGGCCCCCGCAGCCAAGCACAGGCUCCCUGACUGGCAGCCCUCACCUUUCAGAGCUGUCCAUCAACUCGCAGGGAGGAGCUGCACCCACCAGCACCGUCCUGUCACCCAACCUGAGCCCCGACACAAAGCAGGCCUCCCCCUUGGUCAGCCCAUUGCUGAACGACCAGGCGGGCCCUCGGACGGACGAUGAGGACGACGGCCGGAGAAAGAGAUUCCCAACUGACAAAGCAUACUUCAUCGCUAAGGAAGUCUCCACCACUGAGAGAACAUAUCUGAAGGAUCUCGAAGUCAUCACUUCGUGGUUUCAGAGCACAGUAAGCAAAGAGGACUCCAUGCCCGAAACCUUGAAAAGUCUCAUUUUCCCGAAUUUUGAACCUUUGCACAAAUUUCAUACAAAUUUUCUCAAGGAAAUUGAGCAACGACUCGCCCUGUGGGAAGGCCGCUCGAAUGCUCACAUCAGAGGAGAUUACCAAAGAAUUGGAGAUGUGAUGCUGAAGAACAUUCAGGGCAUGAAGCAACUGGCAGCGCAUCUGUGGAAGCACAGCGAGGCUCUGGAGGCGCUGGAGACCGGCAUCCGGGGCUCCCGGCGGCUGGAGAGCUUGUGCCGAGACUUCGAGCUGCAGAAGGUGUGCUACCUGUCGCUCAACACCUUCCUCCUGCGCCCGCUGCACCGGCUCAUGCACUACAAGCAGGUCCUGGAGCGGCUGUGCAAGCACCACCCGCCCAGCCACGCCGACUUCAGGGACUGCCGAGCUGCUUUGGCAGAGAUCACGGAAAUGGUGGCCCAGCUUCACGGUACGAUGAUCAAGAUGGAGAAUUUCCAGAAGCUUCAUGAACUCAAGAAAGAUUUGAUUGGCGUUGACAAUCUUGUGAUUCCAGGAAGGGAAUUCAUCCGCCUGGGCAGCCUCAGCAAGCUCUCCGGGAAGGGGCUCCAGCAGCGCAUGUUCUUCCUGUUCAAUGACGUCUUGCUGUACACGAGCAGGGGGCUGACGGCCUCGAAUCAGUUUAAAGUUCACGGGCAGCUCCCGCUCUACGGCAUGACCAUGGAAGAAAGUGAGGACGAGUGGGGCGUGCCCCACUGCCUCACCCUGCGGGGCCAGCGCCAGUCCAUCGUCGUGGCUGCCAGUUCUCGGUCCGAGAUGGAAAAGUGGGUGGAGGACAUACAGAUGGCCAUUGACUUGGCCGAGAAGAGCAGCGGCCCCGCCCCCGAGUUCCUGGCCAGCAGCCCUCCCGACAGCAAGUCCCCGGAGGAGGCAGCGGGCGACCAGGAGUCGGAGGACGACCUCAGCGCCUCGCGCACCUCGUUGGAGCGCCAGGCCCCGCACCGCGGCAACACCAUGGUGCACGUGUGCUGGCAUCGCAACACCAGCGUCUCCAUGGUGGACUUCAGCGUGGCCGUGGAGAAUCAGCUGUCUGGGAACCUGCUGAGGAAAUUCAAAAACAGCAACGGAUGGCAGAAGCUGUGGGUAGUCUUCACACACUUCUGCCUGUUCUUCUAUAAGUCGCACCAGGACAGUCACCCCCUCGCCAGCCUGCCUCUGCUUGGGUACUCGCUCACCAUUCCCUCGGAGUCCGAAGACCUCCACAAGGACUACGUGUUCAGGCUGCAUUUCAAGUCCCACGUGUACUAUUUCCGGGCUGAGAGCGAGUACACGUUUGAAAGAUGGAUGGAGGUGAUCCGAAGUGCCACCAGUUCGGCCUCCCGUGCCCACGUUCUGAGUCACAAAGAAUCUCACGUGUAUUGAUGGCAGGAUGGGACACAUGUGUUGAUUGUUUCAGCAUUGGCGACUUUCCCGGAAGACAUUUUCUUUCUUCUGUAUUAAUGAAGCCUAGUAAAAUUAACACCUGUCUGUCUGGAAAACAAAAUAAUACAUGGUUUCACAGCGACUC